GAAAAAGCUCCACACAGCCUUGGCCUGAUCAGUGUUCGCAAGUGGGCACCUCAGCCUGAUAGCCGUGUGGUGCAUAGUCGGGUCUCUCAGGCAGCUGCAGAACUCCAGCAGUACUGUAUGCAAAAUGCCUGCAAAGAUGCCUUGCUUGUUGGGGUUCCUGCAGGGAGCAAUCCCUUUCGAGAACCCCGAUCCUGUGCUCUUCUCUGA